AUGUUUUAUAAGUAAGUGAGGCGCCCGCCCGCCAUCAUUGUCCGUUGUAAACCCGCGGUGACCAGUACGACUUGAGUGAGAGUGCUAAUAAAAUGUUGGUGUUUCCGCAAUGGCGACCGGAGUUACCCAGCGAGGGGUGUCGAUUGCAGAGAUGGGCCCCUGCAGAAAGAUUCGCGUCGUAUUUAGCCAGACCUGUCGUCCUUCCUCCAUUACCUCCUGGGGUGGACGAUGAAGAUUCGUCGGGCGGUUCAUCCCCUGAGCGCAAUGUGGAUUCUAGCAACAUAGAAGGGCUGUGCGCGUGGCGGGGGUGCGACGCGCGGUUUCCCAGCGUAGCACGCUUGUCCGCGCACGUAGCGCGAACGCACGCACACGCGCACAGCGAUGGCCUAUUCUAUUGUGGAUGGAAAGGAUGCUCCCGACCCCAUAAAGGAUUUAAUGCUAGAUACAAGAUGUUAGUGCAUGUGCGCACACACACAAAUGAGCGACCGCACAUUUGCAACCAAUGCCACAAAAGUUUCUCCAGAGCUGAAAAUUUGAAAAUCCAUCUCAGAUCGCAUUCUGGAGAAAAGCCCUAUGUUUGCCCAUAUGAGGGCUGUGGAAAAGCAUAUUCCAAUUCAAGUGACCGCUUCAAACAUACUAGAACCCACACGGUGGACAAACCUUACUGCUGCAAGGUCCCCGGCUGUAACAAGAGAUACACAGAUCCGUCCAGUCUCAGGAAGCACGUGAAAACUUACAAACACUUCACCACAGAUGAAAGCCAACGAAGAGAAUCAUCUGAUGAAGCUCCAAGUCCACAGAGAUAUUCACCACCAAGAGAAAGCUUCCCCACAUAUACCAAAAUGGAGCCUACGUCACCUAUGCAUCCGCAUAUUACUUACAGUCCUCCUAGAACAAGCAUUUCCCCAUACAAUCCAGUAUUGCCCUCCUUAAAAGAAGCUCCUGUGUCCCCAACAAUAAGAUAUCCGCCAAUGAUUGACUCGCUCACGUACAUCAGACCGAUAGAACCUUUGUACCCCGUAAGAGUUCCAUCACACGAAAUGUCAUACGUAGAGUACACGCAAAUGUACGAACAUGCCUACAGAAAUUACUAUGCUAACAGAUUACCGUACCCAGUAUUAAGACAUAAUGUGGGUGAGAAGGUAUUUACUUAUGAAGCCCAGCCUCAACUUGACGACGUUCCUAUAGAAGAAGUAAAGGAGAGAAAAGACUUAGCUUUUGAAGUUGAAGAGAUGCCAUUAAAUUUAAUUUGCACCAAACGGAACGAGUGCAACCCUGUUGAAAAUAUUAUCAGGCGUACAGACUUACCACUAGAUUUAAGUACUAAAAGCUGAUUUAUCGUUUAUUAAAUUAUUUCAAAAACUUCCGUUUAUUAUUUCAUAACAUUUACUAAACAUAGGAAAAAGAUGAAAGACAAAUAU